CAGAACUUCCUGCUGCACACUGAAAGGCAACAACAUUCCCCUCCCUCUACCCACAGGCGUCUUCACCUUCACAGGGGUUGCCACAAAGAAACGGCCAAGAUGUCUGAGAAAAAGAUGACAUCCAGCCGUAGGCACCAUCUGAAGAGUUUGUUGCUUCAGAUCGCUUACGGGAUUUUAGAGGAAGAAACAGCUGAGGCAGAGCAAGAAAAACAGAGAUACAUGCAGGAGAACUGCCCUGCUCUCUCACUGCCGGGAAACAUGCAGGGACUACAGGAUCUGUGUAAAAAGUUGCACCAGCAGAUUGAUACAGUUGACGAACAAAGGUACGAUAUGGAGAGCAAGGUGGCCAAGUCAGACAAGGAGAUUGAGGAUCUGAAGAUAAAGGUUCAGGACCUAAAAGGUAAAUUCAAGAAGCCUGUUUUGAAGAAAGUACGCAUGUCUGCUGAUGCCAUGCUGCAGGCUCUGCUGGGCUCCAAACACAAGGUGUCCCUGGACCUGAGAGCCAACCUCAAACAAGUCAAAAAGGAGGUCAAGGAGGAGGAGAAGGAUUCUGUAGGUGACUGGCGAAAGAACAUUGAGGAUAAGGCUGGUAUGGAUGGCAGGAAGAAGAUGUUUGAGUCUGAGGCCUGAAACUCUUUCACGUCAACAUUUUUACAUUUCCAUUAGGUUGUCUAAAUGCUUGUGUUCUUCAGGGUUUUAAGAGCGAUUAAACGUGGUAAUAAAAUCUAUCAUGUGAUGUGAUGUUAGAGUGUUACAGAAGGUAUGUUUGAAUGGGGGUUUUGUGUACAACAUGUGGGGGGUGGAUAAUUUGUUAAAGAUUAAUCUAAUUUGUGGUCUUUGCCAAUAUAAAGUAAUUAAUUGAUACUGAUCAGUAAAACCCAUUUUAAACCUUUCAAAGUGUUAUGAGAGGAAUUUGCUGUAAAAAAAUAAAAUGCAAAUCAAAGAGUCAAAAUGUUGUUCUGUUGUUUUACACCAAAUAUUAUUUCCCCUUUGCCAUGUAUUUACCAUCACAUUGAUUAACU